AUGAACUUGAUAGCGAUGAACGACAAGGAUGAGAUCUAUGAGGAUCCUGAGUCUACUGAGGUUGAUGAGAGCGAGGACACGGAUGAUACGGGAGCGAGUGUGGAGGCAGCAGUGAAGCAGGAAGAAGAGAUAGUCACCAUGGAGGCAGCAGCGGUGAAUGAUGGAGAUGGAGAUGGUGUCAACACUUUUGCAGCAGCGGUCGUGGUUAAAGAUGAAGCAGUAAAUGCGAAGUGUGUGGGAGUUGAAGCUGUGAAAGGGGGCAUCAUGGUGAAGGGAUCAACGGCGAAUGCAACUGCAAAGGGGCGAGUGCUUAUGAAAGAGGAGUACGUUGAGGGGUACGAGACUCGAGAGGUGUUGGGUGCUAAGAUGCCGAGGAGAAGCGAGAGGCUUAAGAAAAUCUCUCAAGGUUUGGAUGUCAAGGCGCUCAACUUCAAGACACGUAAGCAGAGGUUCAAGGUGCAGGAGCUGCAGGGGAGUGUGAAGCAACUCACGGGCUGCCCGGCGAAAAAAACGGAGGACCGGGUGGCUGGGGAGGCUCGACCACGCCGCUACAAGCCUCAAGGCGCCGUAGCAAAGGCGAAAGGCUGCUCUGCGAAACAUUCUUCUUCCACUCAGUUCCACUCUACAAACCACUCGGCUCCAGGACCAGAAAGUGACAAUACAGGGCGUGGCAGAACGGAGAUGCGAGUGGUGGUGCGGACGGCGUAUUCCGGCUCACAUAACCACCCGCCAACGUGCCACUGUGUUCCCCACACUCAUCAUACUGUCACGCCUGCUUCUGCUUCGGCCUUCGCUCUUGCUACAGUCGCCCCUCCUGGCACUGCUUCCCCUCCAGCUACAACCGUCCCCCAUGCCACAAUUUUUCUUCCACCUACAAAUGCCCAACCGUACCCAACCUCCCCACCUGCUACAAGCUUUUCUCCCGCUGCAAACUCCCCUCCUGCUACAACCUUCUCUCCUGCUACAACCUUCUCUUCUGCUACAGCCGUCCCUCCUGCUGCAAAUAUGCCUCCUAUAACAACCAUCUCUUCCGCCACUCCUGCUACAUCCUUUCCUCCUGCUACAUCCUUUCCUCCUGCUACAUCCUUUCCUCCUUCUACAUCCUUUCCUCCUGCUACAUCCGUCCCUCCUACUACAUUUUUGCCGCCUGCUAAAACCCCUACAGCCUGCCCCCGUUCCACGACUUGGCCUCUUGCUACAACCUGUCGUCCUGUCACACAGCUUACCUUGCUCAGGGGCAGCAGGGACAGCAAAUCGGUUGCCCAGGGGCAGCAAGGCGGCGCUCAACUGCAGCAGCAGGGCGGCGCUCAACUGCAGCAGCAGGGCGGCGCUCAAGUGCUGCAUGGUCGUCAUGAGCAGCAGAUUCAACAGCUUGGAUUCGAGCCUCGGGUUACCACAAACGCUGUUGCUAGGCGCACGGUUAUUCUGGAGCAGCAGGGUCCUCCCAUGCAGCAGGGUGCUCCCAUGCAGCAGGGUCCUCCCAUGCAGCAGGGUCCUCCCAUGCAGCAGGUUCCAUGCAGCAGAUGCAACAGGUGA